AUGACCAGGGGCGGCGAGUUUCAAGGUAAAAUGAAACCCAGGAAUACAAGUGUUAUAUAAAUGUUUUAAUUCCAUUUCUUUAAAGAUUCCCAGUCCAACUUGUCGCUGGAUCCGAGUAUCUCGGAACAUCGGAGCUUAGUCGACAAGGUGUUUAACAUGACGGUGAGUGUGUGUGAUCUUUUUUACAUAAAUUGCAAAGGUUAAAAGUUUGUAAUUUUGAGCUUAAACUUGGGGUUUGAUGAGCAUAAAGCUAUAUUCGUUAUGUAGAGAUAACAAUGUUUUGAAAUAGUAAUGGGCUAUAACUUUUCGGUUGUUGCAAAGCGCAAGUUGCAAUUCUUGCCGUUACUUUUCAGCCUUUGCAAAUUCCAUUUUCUUGGGCCAACAUUUAUUUUAGAGUCCCUGAAAGAUCAAACUUUUACAGUGUCCGCGAGUCCGGAUUCUGACGCAACAUGUUUAUGUAUCAUCCCUCCUUUCUGGGAAUUAAUAAAAUCUUUGGCGAAAAAAGGUUUAAGUUCCUGGAUUAGGCGGCUGACAAAAAGCAUACCAAACGUAUACAGAUUAGGCUGUUUUUUUCGUUUUAUGUAAACUUUGCUCAACUGCGGUACUCGAGAGUUUUGCACGUUUUUGAGGGUUUCAGGGACAGAAAAACAGGGGAACGUUUUUUAAUUUGAACACUAUGUAAAAUUGGCUAUGUAUACAGCGGUACUAAAACUUAGAACAAUGGGUCCGCGCUUUACAAGGGUCACCGGGAUGUAUGUACAUAAACAAAGUUUUUUUUUGUUUUGAAGAUGACGAGGGAAGUAAUGUUUUAUGGUUUUCGAUAUGUAAAAUGACUAUAGGGUUUUUUUCGAAAUGCUGUUUCAUACUUUUGAAUUUCUAUUUAUUACAUAUAGUUUCUUCCUAUUUAUUACAUAUAGUUUCAAUUUUUAUAGCAAGUCAGUUCUUACCAGAAUUUUCUCAACCCAUCUACUCACAGUCAAGCCACAUUGGGGCUUCGGUAGUUCAGCCCCCCACGAAAGGUAGUUCAAACCCCCACUGUUUUUACCCGUUUCACACCCCACAUAAUGAACAAAUUAGAAUAAUGCAAAAAAUGUAAGUGGGGGUUUGAUCUAAAACGUAGGGGGCUUUUUCUAAAACGAAGGGGGCUUGAUCUACAACGUAAGCGGCUUGAUCUAAAACGUUGGGGGCUUCAUCUAAAACGUAGGGGGCUUGUGCUGGACCAUACAACUUGGAUUAAUUCUUUGAAAUAAAUUUUGGGGUUCAGAAUGGACGAGGGGGGUUGUACUGGGUUAUGGGGGGCUAAACUGGACUGGGGGGCUGUACUACCUUAGCCCCGCCACAUUUUAUAGCAAUCCUGGUUUCCAAUCACUCAUAUCCCCGUUAGAAAUUACUAUAAUUGGAUUAGAGGUUAAUCGGGGAUUCUCCCGGUUCGGAAUUGUAAUCAGAUGCUCAAAGUGUCAGAUUUUAAUGAAGUUUUUGUUUAUAUCAGUUAACGAGAUUUUAUUAACUACGCAAAUAUGUAUUAUAAUCAUAAUAUUUGUGUGUUUACCCGGGGAUUUCGCCAAAAAUUUAUUGCAAUUUAAUUAAUUGUUAGAGGUCAAAAUUACGGUUAAACAGGUAAACAGGACAUAAGUGGUUACUCGAUUUCAAGAGAUUUGUUUGGCAAAAUCUGAAGACUUAAUAAGGAAACUAAUUGUAAAUUCGAAAAUGAUACAGAGUACCGACCUUUUCCUGCCGCAAAAAGAGGGAAUCUGCGUCAAAUAACCAUGAUAAGUAAAGCAAAACGCAAAUAUCAGUGGGACAUCCCUGGUACAAAUUUUCUCUAUUUUCUCUAUGUUUUACAGGUGGAAAAUAUCUAAACUAUCAGUCUGUCGGGAAAAUAACGGCGGAUCGUCGCAUCAAAAUGUCUCGCCUCGCCGCUAUCGCGCACCAAAUUCCCAGCCGCGGCUUGAAGUCGCUAAGCGAUGAUGGGCGAUUCCGAGGCGCGACGAUCCGCCGUUAUUUUCCCGACAGACCGAUAAGUCGCAAUUUCAAGGGGCAGCUACGAUCCGAAAGCAUCGCCGAGUUUAUCGACCAUUAUUUUCCAAGGCUUGUGUCACUUUUCAACCUCAAAUGAAGGUGAAAACAACUUGUUUUUUGUCGAUUACUAACCUCCAGACAACCUUUUCUUUACAGUAAAUCCUCCUUCUACUGUAUUUGUCUGGUAUUUAUCAAUCCAACCUUUCCUGGUUCCAAAUCGCUUCUAUUCUUGUACCUAUUCCAUUGUUACGGUUUUUUUUACCGUACGCUGAAUGCUAAUCUUUGUGUGAUAUCUGUUGUUUCAAACGGCCUGACCUCUGAGUCAUCUUCGACCCCAGAAAUGUCUCCAUAAUCCCAUCUAAAAAUACAGUCGAGCAUAUCCGUGAUGCUAUCAGAUAAUCCUGGUACGGAGAAUUACGGUUCCCGAAACUGUGUGCAAGUCUUUGUUUCGUCAGAUUUGUGAGGAUAAUACAUACAUAGGCAAAGAGCUGUGUAAGACUUUCAAAAUGCCACAGUUUAUUUUGGGGAGAAUAGCUACCACCCUGAAGGGAUUUGUUUUAUUUCUUUUAGACAUUCUAAUUGGUAUUAGCUUCCAAAGUGAAAAUUUACGUCAACGGCCGAUGUCAGAACCGUUUGGAUUAACGGGGAUUUGGGUCAGAUUACGUGCUGUGGGCCCUGCAAAUUCUGCAGUGCACAAAGUUUGGUUACGUUUGAGGAAAACAAAAGUUAAUCUAUUAAUCUAGUAUAAUCUAGUUGAAGCUUGACGUGCUUAGGAAGUUUAUGAAUUUCAGGAAUUGAAGUUUUCGAGCGUAGUAGGUUUUGAUAAUAUGAUGCCUGUUCACGUCAUGUAAGAUUGUCAAUUUUGUUUUGGUGGGUUUUCGGAUCAAAAUGGAUUUUUGAGGAGACACAUAAGCGAAAUUGUUGGCCUACAAAGUUAAAAAUUGUGAUGGUCAAUCGAAUUUCUUCAAUACUGGAAUAUCUGCAGUUUUUGCAAAGCCAAGAACGAUUCAUAUUUGCUAAAGGAUGUCCCAGUCGGAAAAAUAACGGUGUAUCGUCGCAGCAAAAUGUUUUUUCGACGAAAAAAGGUGCAGUCGCACACCAAAUUUACAACUGCGGCUAGACGUCGCAAAGCGAUGAUGGGCGAUUUCAAGGCCGUUAUUUUCCCGACAUACUGAUAAAUUCGAUUUUUCAUGAUUGUUGUCGAAGAAUAGGUUAAACUUUUUGUAAAAAAAAUUGUAAUUGUAAGAUAAAAAAACAACAUUCUUGCUUUCUAUCUACUCUUAUCCAACUUUUCGCUUAUUCAGAAAUGUGAACUCAACCUAUUCCUAGAAGAUUCUAUUAUAUUUUUUUUGCAAAUUUACUGUAAGGCAAAUAUCGGAUAGAAUGUUAAUCCCAAAGAGAGAGUCAAGGUUUAUUUUUGGGUCUUUGUUUCGGAGAUGACUCGCUUCUCCGCUGGAAAUGUCGCUUAAUCCGCUAUGUCGUGUCUAGUCUACCGUAUUGAGACAUUUAAGUCAUUUUCUUAUGGUAGGCUGUAUUAGAGACUACUGAUAAGAAUGAGUAAGGGGGUAAAAAUAGCAAUGGCUGCGGUGUUUGAAGCUUUACCGGGAAGUGUUCUGAGUCAGGUCUGGGCUCUGCAAACGAGUUCCAAAGGAAAAAGCUUAUAAUUUUAAGAGAAAUCUAGGUCUUGCAAUGUGUAAAACUUUGGGGUUAAGUACGAUUUAUUACCAUCACUUGACAUUUUUGCAAUUUUUUGCAAUACAUUUGACAAAACUUGCUUUUCAGACCCUAAAGAUCUUCACUGGGAUCUUUGCGACAUCACUUGUAGUUGGCCUUGUUCUCUCCCAAUCCUACGGCCACCAAGUUUCUCCAGAAUCCCUCUACGGCCCAGCUGAAGCCCUUCGAGCACAGCGGCAUGAAGCUCAGCCACCGUCAGCUCAGCCGGCCUCGGAAAAUGAGAUCUAUGGAAAAGUUGGGCCAGCAAAAUUCCUCGACGUUCCGAAGCGUCAGAAUUCCGAAUCUUUCGCUGAAUUUGACGAUUCUCAUCGAGUAAUGAACCCUGGGGUUGCAUCAGCUAAACCAACAAAAAAAGCGUCUUCUGAAUCCUUGGAAUCAAGCGAAUCUUCGGAAAAAAAUUCAUGCGGAGAUUUGAGUGACACCGUGAUUUUAUUGGACUCGACUGGCAGUUUGAGGGAUCUUUUUGAAGCCGAAAAAGCUUAUGCCGAAAAAAUUGUUGAAGCUCAUUACAAGAAGAACAAGAAAGGAAGACUUGGACUUGUUAUUUACAGUAGUAAUCGGCGAUACAAACUCUAUGGAUUGGAUGAUAAGACUGAUUUGAGGGCCGUGAUCAGAAGUAAGUGUAAUGCUUUACUUUUUGAAGUGUUAUAUACUUUUGCCCGGGGCGCAAUAUUUCUAAAUUUUGACAAUUGGUGUAAAUAAGCCAAAAGUAUAUUCAUAAAAGUCUUGUGGUAAGAUUAGGAGACGUAUCCUUGCGAUUGCCAAGAACAAGAUGGUGAAAGACUUUGAGAUUUAUACUUUGUUCUCUUGUUAUGCUGCCUUAUACCAUGUUAUGUACUUUGGGCAAGGAUAAGUCUUUUGAAGUCAAAGCAAGUAUAAAUCGAAAAUUUGCAUAUUUGUAAUUCGAUCCUUUUGUAUGACGUUUGGUACCACCCGGUUUUCUAAGUCUUUGCGUCAAACUUGCCCCUUUUCUUAUCCCUUUUACCGCUUUACCCUUUCUUUGUCCGCUGGCCCCAAGCAUGAUACAUCCCGCAGAUUAUCUCUCUACCCGUCCUUAUCGGCCCACGUGCGCUUUAGAACCCAUGAUCAGCAAAUCGCUGCGGGAAUUAUGUCGCUUCCUAAUCCCUCCCCCACUUUCGCCGUUUGUGACCUGAAUAAUAAGGGAAUUAACGAAGGGGUAACUGGUAAUUAUCCGGAAACGGGAUGGAAAUAUAAUUAAUUAAUCGUUAAUUCCGAGUAACGAGUAAUUAACUUUAAUCUUUCGGCCUGCAGGGCACAAAUGUCGAGGGUGUGUUUUGUAAACAGAUGCUGGUUUUUGGGAUUUUAAUUGGAAAGUUAGAGUAAUAUAUAUAAUUUUCACAGGGGGAUAGUUUCAGAUGUGAUACACUGACUGAAUGAAAUUUAGCGCAAUUUUAUGUUAUAUCUUUUUUAGCCGCUAUUUGCGGAAAAUAUCUCGAUUUUUCGCAUGAAAGGUACUUUAGAAGCGUUUUUAAAACUCAUAACUUGGAGACGCUUUGUUGAGAGUUUUGAAUAGCAAACUUUCACAUCGUAGAACAGUUUUUUUCGAAAUUGAAGACAUAAGAAAUAGAGGACACUUAUUUUUACCACAAAAUGUUUUCAGACGCUCCCUUCUUGAGUGGUGUUACCUUCACUGGCCACGCUUUGAAAUUGGCGCUCACUGAGCUCCAGAAGUCAUCCUCAAACGUCAAUCGAAAUCUGGUGGUCAUUACUGAUGGUUACAGGUAAGAGCUCUUUGGUCUUGUAAAAAUGCUAUUUUACAUUACAUUUGUCUUACUAUUUCACAUAUUUUGUCUUCUACUGAGACAAUCUGAUGAGCCAAGAGAAUAAGCCCCUUAUAAUGACUGUAUUUCACUGCUAAUUUUGUAAUCAUGCAGUUGUCAUCAAGUUUGGAUGCAUUUAUAACUUCCGCCCGGAAAUUUCCUUUAUUCAAAGUUUUGAAAUUUCUUUUUUUCUGGAUUAUUCUGUUUGUGCUUUGUCUAUUUAUAUCCGUAUUGCAGAAUUCUUGUCGUAUCUCAAAAUUCAUGUGUCGUAAUUUCAGCUUUGAUCAUUUGGAAGAGCCUCUGGCUUCCUUGAGAAGUCUAAAUUCGAAGCCAGUAAACAUUUACGCCGUUUCCAUUGGGGAGAAGUUUUCGAGGUGAGAAAAAUUAAUUUUUAAAUUAAUUUGGCCAUCAAAUCAUCAAAUUUUUUCAAAUUUCCCCAAACAACAAUGUUAGGAAUGCACGAAGGAUGCGACAAGCAUGCGUUUGUCCAUAUUAAUGAGGAUUAGUCUUGUGUGACGACCAAAUGAUUUUGAAAAACAUUUUUUGAGAUUAGCCAGAACGUUUUGAAUUUUUGGGUGACUUCUCGAAACAUUACGUAAAUUAGGGGAUAAAGGAAUUUGAAAAAUGGACUUGGAAUAAAGAAUGUGUCGGAUGAGUCCGGAAACUGAUAUCUGGCCACUGCUCUUUGAGACUUAUCUAAAUUAUUAAAAAUUUUUAGGUUAGAGCUCCUGAAAAUCGCUGGAAAUGACAAAAAUCUGUUCAUCGGCGCAGCCUCUACGGCAAAAUUGAUCUCGCAGCUCUUCAAGUGCCCCGAGAAUUCAAAAUCCGCAAAUAAAUCGUCGGCAAACUCGUCCAGUUCAUCGUCAUCUUCCGAAAGCUCCGAAAAUUCGUCGAACUCGAACAAAAAUGGAAAAGUUGGCGAACUUGGAUCGCCAAAAGCCCAAAAAGGAGGCAAUAAAAAUGGGCAUGGAGGUAAAGGUGGAGCUAAAAAUGGAAAGAACGGCUCAUCCUCGAAGAAUUCUGGAUGUGCUGUGGAUAUUUUGUUUUUGAUCGACGUCUCGGGAUCCGUAAGAAAAAGCUUCGAUGACGGAAAGAUAUUCGCCGCGAAUGUGGUUGACUCCCUGGGAUCGAAUAGCAAACUGAGGCUUGGAUUGGCCAAGUUUGGAGCUCACGGAACUGGAAAAGUCGUGGCUGAGAUAAGGUGGGGAUUCGAAGAGACGGAAGGCUUUUGAUUUUAACGGAAUUUGUCACAAAUGAUGACAACAAGUUUAACUUUUAUGAAAGGUUUUGAAUUGGCAUUUUGCGUACAGACCUUUUGAAUUUUUCAAGAUAAAAGAUUAGCUUUUUAGAAUCGUAGCUUCAAAAUUGAUUUUUAUCUGCGAGGUACAACAUAAUAUAAUUUUGGGUCAUUUUCAGUAACCGAACAGCUUCCGACUUCAAAUCAAUCCUCUCGAAAUUACAAAACCAAGGGUCUACUACUUACAUCGAGACUGCAGUCCACUCAGUUCUCGAGGAAGUGAGGAGAAAUGGGGCCAAAGGAAAGACCCUUGUUGUCAUUGUCACAGAUGGGUUUAUCGCUAAAUUUACGAAUGGUAGGUUUCUAUUUGUGGUCGAAAAAUACUUGAGCUUAUUUUAAAGCCCAUUUUCCUCGAUUUUUAUCACUGUAUAAGUGAGCCGUUUUUCAAAAUAUUCAAAUUUACUCCUUCAGAAAUCCGUGAUCUCCAAUCGGCGGCCAAAGUAAUUGCAGCCCCUCCAAAAGCCGGGAUCGCUUUAUACAAAUCGGAACUGAAGGUAACGAGUACUGUAAAGGGACCUCUAUAUACUAAUCUUUGUCUUUUAGGCCCUCGCUUCCGACGGUCUGUCAUUUGAAGAGCCCGAAUCCGCGAAGAAGGCGAUCCUUAAUCUUGCGCAGAAAUGCUAA